UCUCUCGAAGACUCGGAGAGGGAAGCCGUGCAACCAGACAAGCCUGGCAUCAAGUUACAUUCGACAAGUCCGUAUGAGAAAUCUGCUGAGGCUCCAGAUCAAGCUUCCCAGGACAGGCAGCUUAGCUCCCGUCAAAAGUCUGUCCAUGAGCCUGAGCCCGAACAGCUAUUGCUGCCCGAAAAGGUCAUCUGCUCCCGAAAGGUGUCACGAAUGCCUUCGGAUGUCAGUAUCGGGGGGCUAAAGGAGACACGUACCAAAAGAGUCAGUAGGGACAAUAGUCUGAAUAUUUUCUAG